AUGAAGGUCGUUCUUGUAAAUGGCGGAGUCAUCUCCGGUGUCGGCAAGGCCAGCAGUGCAGGCCUGUUGCUGAAGACUAUGGGUCUUCGCGUGACUGCCCUCAAGAUCGACCCCUACCUCAACACAGACGCUGGACUCCUGAACCCGCUAGAGCAUGGAGAGUGCUUCGUGUUGGCCGACGGAGGCGAAACCGAUCUGGAUCUCGGCAACUACGAACGCUAUCUUGGCAUUCGUUUGAGCCGCGAGAGCAACAUGACGACCGGAAAGAUCUACGCCCACGUCAUUGAAAAGGAACGUCGUGGCGACUAUCUGGGCAAGACUGUUCAGGUUGUUCCUCACAUUACGGACGCUAUUCAGGAAGGGAUCGAGCGUGUCGCCAACACCCCUGUUGAUGACUCGGGUGAGGCUCCCGACGUGUGCAUUGUUGAACUCGGUGGUACCGUCGGUGAUCUCGAGUCCGGCCCGUUCACCGAAGCCCUUGUUCAGCUGAGACACAAGCUCGGACGCCAAAAUUUCUUCAACAUUUCUGUGUCCUAUGUUCCCAUCAUCAACAGCGAGGAGAAGACAAAGCCUACGCAGCACGCCAUUAGACAAAUGCGUAGCGCUGGCCUGAUCCCUGAUGUGAUCGCCUGCCGCUGUGAACGUUCUCUCACCGAUGCUACUAUCAAGAAGAUUGCCAACAGCUGCCAAACCGAGUAUGAGCAAGUCAUCGGUGUUCACGAUAUGGAGACGAUUUACCAGGUUCCUCUGCUGCUCGAGGAGCAAGGUCUUCUCCAGCUCCUGCAACACGGCCUCGGGCUUGAUAAGCUGACUGUGCCCCCGGCUAUGUUCCAGAAGGGACAGGCCCUCUGGGACCUGUGGAAGAAGACCGUCACACCCGAGCGCCACCCGUCGCGCGUCAACAUCGUGCUGGUCGGAAAAUACGUCUCUUUCGAUGACGCCUACUUGAGUGUCCACAAGGCCCUGGAGCAUUCUUCCAUGCGCUGCGGUCGCAAGCUCAACCUGGUCUCAGUUGACUCUGAGCAUCUCGAGAAGGACAUGCAGCAGAAGGAUCCCACCAAGUUCCACAAUGCCUGGAAGGCUAUUUGCGAGGCCCAAGGUAUCAUUGUGCCUGGCGGCUUCGGCUCUCGUGGCGUUGAUGGCAUGAUUGAGGCUACCAAAUAUGCCCGUGAGCGAAAAAUCCCCUUCCUUGGCAUUUGCCUUGGUUUGCAGGUCGCUGUCAUGGAGUAUGCCCGUCACGUCAUGGGCAUCAAGGAUGCUAUUUCGGAAGAAAUGUCUCCUGAGGCGGAGAACAAGGUCGUUAUUUUCAUGCCGGAAGGCUCCAAGGAGAAAAUGGGUGGCACGAUGAGACUGGGCACUCGCACUUCUCACUUCAGGCCUGGAACGGAAUGGAGCAAGCUGCGUGCCAUGUAUGGCGGAGCUGAGGUUGUUGAGGAGCGUCACCGUCAUCGCUAUGAGGUCAACCCCGAGUAUAUUGAGAAGCUUGAUGCUGCUGGUUUGAGCCUGACGUCUCUGGACGACAAGGGCGAGCGUGUCGAGACCAUCGAGAUCAAGGAUCAUCCCUUCUUCGUUGGUCUGCAAGCUCACCCUGAGCUCACAAGCAAGGUCCUCAGCCCUUCACCUGCUCUCCUGGGCUUCGUCGCUGCUAGCUCUGGCUGCUUCGAGACCGUGGUCAAGACGAUGACCCAUAAGCUGGACGGUGCCAACGGAACCGGUGAUGCCAGCCUCUUUUAG